CCGCCGCCGCCCGGCAACGGAAACCGGCGGCGCCCAGCGGUCAGUUCCGGGGCGGUCCCGGAAGCGGCUGUUUGUUGUGGUUGGGGCCGCCAUGGUGUGCGAGAAGUGUGAGAAGAAGCUCGGGACGGUCAUCACUCCCGAUACGUGGAAAGAUGGUGCAAGAAACACGACAGAAAGCGGUGGUCGCAAGUUAAAUGAAAACAAGGCGUUGACCUCAAAGAAAGCAAGGUUUGAUCCUUAUGGGAAGAACAAAUUUGCAAUAUGUCGGAUUUGUAAGAGUUCUGUCCAUCAGCCAGGCUCCCACUAUUGUCAAGGAUGUGCCUAUAAAAAAGGCAUCUGCUCAAUGUGUGGCAAGAAGGUCUUGGAUACAAAGAACUACAAGCAAACUUCUGUCUAAUUGUAUUGACUAGUCUUCUUAUGAACUUCUGUGUCUUUGUACAGUAACUUUUCUCUAAAAUAAUUUGUGAAUAUUACUUUCUGGAAGAUAAUACAUUUACUUGGAAUGACAGGGGAGGUAACAACAGCCUGAUUGUUUGCCUAGAAAUGUACAUAAUAUUUUUGUUGUUUUGUCACUAAGGUUAAUUGAUAUUUAAAGCCAGUGGUUUGUAGCAACUGAUACAGUUCGAAGUGGAUGAGAAGAUCCUAGUGGGCAGGUUGAAAGUAUGUUACCAUCAUAACACAGAUCUUUGAUACUAACACUUUUAUUCUUUUGCUGUAUCUUGAGUCUUCUGCUUGUCUGAUGUAUAAAAUAUGAGCUUGUGUCAUUUUGUUAAAGUAGUACCUUCUUUUAGUUCUAUGCUUAUAGGUAUUUAUAAUUACUCUCAGCCCAAACUAUUACGUCCUCCCAUCUAAAUAUUGCUCUUCAAAUUUUAAUGCAAUUGUCCUGUUGGAUUUUGUUUCUGUCUCCAGUAGAUUUGGUUAAAUCACAAAUUUUUAAACUAUGGAAACCUGGAGCGUUACUCUGCCAGUUCUCUCUUUGACGUUAAGAGUGUGAGCCUCUGAGGAGACUUAACAUACGGCAUGUGGUGGCCCAAGGCAAUAAAAUAAUGAGCAUCAAUUUCUAAUGCUAGGUUUCAGUCUCAUCAUUUCCUAAGUUAGUCUGGCUUUUAAAUACUUGGUUUGAAACUGGCUCUUGAAUUCUAUGACGUAAUCGCUUUAUAUGCGUGUCGAAUUUGAAAGAUCAAAAGAGGCUGCCUUCUCUUCAGUGUUGGUUUGAUAUACAACUCGAAGUGAGCCUCUCUGAACAUUAGAGGCUGAGUGGUGGCUCUGCAUUUCUUUUGUCCUUUGGUUCAUUUCUACAUAAGAAAGCAACUACAAAGUGUUCACUGUGCAUGCAUUCUAAGGCACAAGAAUCAUACUCUUAAUCCAUGGUGGGCUAUUAACUAGAUCUAUUUAAGUGUUUACUCCUUCCAGCAAUCUCCUCUUGGCAAUUGCUUUUGCAAUUCUUUCAACUGUAACAGAAGGACUAUCAAUGAGAAUUUCCCUAUGAAUAGAUACUCUGGUUUAGAUUUCCUUUUAUUCUCAUUUCUUAUUACUGAGACAACUGCAUGACUAAUGGAGACUGAAAAAUCGCUGUUCUUUCUAUAUGUUAGUGGCAGCAAAUAAAGAAUACUGGGGAUAUAGUUAUUCUAUUAGCUCUUGCCAUGCUGUGGUUGUGCUAGAUGUGUAACCCUCUAGAGGGAGCUGUCUGACAUUUCCUGUCACCCUUAACUAUCCAUUAUUGAGCAUUUGUCAGCAGAGUUUCUUGUUUGAAAUGUGUUGACAUCCUGCAGUUGCUAAAAUGGUAAUUCUUUUCAGCAUUUUGGAUCUACUAAGAAGCUUUGUCAGGGUAGUGGAAUGAGCUGGGCCCUCAAAAGAAGAAAGGAAUGCUGCUGCUUUUUGUUUUAAAAGCUUCACCUACCUUAACAACUGAAUGGAGGUAUGUGGAUUUGCUAGCUGGUGACAGCUGGCAGCCUACAAAGUUAUUUCCACAUGGUGGUGGCCACUUCUUUCCAAACACAUCAAGGAAUUCUAAUAUUAGUGUACAUCUCUAUGGCAUGUCCUUUGUAUAGAUGAAAAGGGAAUGUCUAUAAUUGGCUUCAAGUUUGGCAGCAAGUGUUUGUCAGGAGACUGUGUGGUGAUUUCAAGUGGCAGAUUCUCCAGUGUUCUCUGAACUCUUCACCCUUUAUGGGUGUUUUCUAUAAGGUUGAUAUUUGCUAUUCUGUGAAUAAAACUUAUUUUCUUGUCUUCCAGUAA